AUGAACAAUCUCACUGUCGUCACUGAGUUCCUCUUCCUUCGGCUGUCUGCUGACUGCCACGUCCAGGCUGUGCUUUUUGUGCUGUUCCUGGGGAUUUACCUCCUGAUCCUGAUGGGGAAUCUUGGGAUGAUCCUGGUGAUCAGAGGGGAUUCUCACCUCCAUACCCCCAUGUACUUCUUUCUUGGACACCUGUCCUUUCUAGAUAUCUGCUUCUCCUCAGUCACCAUGCCUAAAGUGCUACAGAACUUCCUGACUCAGAAGAAAAGCAUCUCGGUGUGGGGAUGCAUUACCCAGAGUUUCCUUUUUCUUCUCUCUGGGUGUACUGAAGCCAGUCUUCUCUCUGCCAUGGCCUAUGAUCGCUAUGCUGCCAUCUGCCACCCUCUGCUCUACACCGUGGUCAUGAAUGGGCCUCUCUGCACUGCAAUGGUCGGUGCAGCAUGGAUGCUGGGGUUCCUGAACUCACUAGUGAACAGUCUUGUCAUCCUCAAGUUACACUUCUGUGGGUCCAUCAUCCCCCACUUCAGCUGUGAGCUGCCUUCACUCUUCCCUCUGUCCUGUACUGAUCCCACUGCCAAUAUGUUACUUCUGUCGGGAUCCAGUGCAUUUCUGGGGCUGCUGACACUUCCCUUGAUCCUCUUCUCCUACUCCAGAAUCAUUUCUGCCUUACUGAGCAUCUGCUCCUCUGAAGGCCAAGGCAAAGCCUUCUCCACCUGCUGUUCCCACCUCACCGUGGUGCUCCUGUUCUAUGGGACAGCUCUAUUCAGGUACAUCAGCCCUGCCUCGGGCUCAGUGUUGGAACGAGUGGUCUCCAUUCAGUACAGUGUAAUGACGUCUUUGCUGAACCCCCUCAUCUACAGCCUGAAGAACCAGGAGGUGAAGGCAGCUCUGCAGAGGAUGAUGAGGCAGCAAAUGUGCUCCACAGAGGAGGGAGUCUCUGUGUGGUGUUCAGCCAAAGGAUGGGGAGGAGGAAUCUUCAGAAAUACCUUGAGAAGAAAAAAGACAUUUUAG